AUCUCUCUUAUCAUCGCCACACAAGUAUCAACGGUUUCAUUAAUUUCUCAGUUUUUAUUAAAUAACUUCUCUUUGGCUUCUUGGAUAAAAUAUUGGAUAAUUUUCUCGUCUUUGGAUUAACGAAAACUUGCAUCAGAGUUGGUGGAUUGGUCUCAAGUGGGUUACGGACCGGGAUGGCUCUUGGGGGUUAUCGGUUGAUGUGAUUUGAAGAAGAUUUGAUUUUGAUUUUGAUAACCUUCGACUCGCUGGAGGACAACAACAAAAGAUCACGUCAAGAAUUAUACUUGGCUGGAUUAUUUAUCUUGAUCAAUUCUGACUGAUUCGAAGAGUCUCUCAAUUCGGUUCGGCUUGUUUGGAUUCUCUAUGAAUGCUGAGUCAUAUGAAAGGUGGACAUCCUUGAAGCUUUCACCUCGUUCGACUGCAAAAGAUAUAUAAAUACAUGUCGUUCGGACAAGUCGUUAUUGCGAUGUUUUCGUGUUCUGAAACACAACAUUAUAUUAUCGUCUCGGUUUUCAUUUUCAUCGAGCUAUGUAGCAGAGUCAAACACCAACUCUACCAGUGGUUUAAUUGUAUAUUCUUCCGGAGCAAGUUACAACUUCGAUUCCAUCUGCUUCAUGAUCUGUAGGAGAUGUCUCAAUGGACGCUUUCUAAACUUUCUCCUUUGAAAACUGCGAUGAAAAAAAACUACCCGCACACACUGGGAUCUCGUCAAUAUCCACUGCUUUGGUUUUUCCCUUCUAAACUUGCUCUGAAUACUCAUCCAAAAGGAGAUUCUAGGGUGACGUUACAAGUCAUUUUAGUUAUCUUUUAUUAUCCACUCGGUCUUGGAUCAACUAGGACACAUUUACUUCAAAAACGUAAACCAGCUUUGCGUGAUUCUCCUAGUGGUGGAUAUGCACCUGUAUGGGUACCAUGUCCUCGUAACCUACAUGUUAGACUACCAGAUAGGAUCGGACCACUUGCAGAUAAAGAAGCUGAAUAUAUAAGACAAAGAACAUCUAAAUCUAUACCACAUUGGAGAAGAUAUUUAUCGGGUGCAAAUUUAACUGAUUUUAGUAUAGAUGAGUUCUUGAAAAGAGCAGAGAAAGAGGGAGCUAAGGCAGGAUUUAAUUUACCUAAUAUAGGAAUAGCCUUGUCGGGAGGUGGACCGAGGGCAGCACUACUUGGAGCUAGUAUAGUUCAUACAUUCGACGCUCGAAAUCCUGAAGCCAUGCAAGCAGGGACUGGAGGGAUCAUGCAACUGAUGAACUAUGUGGCUGGACUAUCUGGAGGAUCUUGGUUUACUGGAUCAUGGGCGACAAGUGAUUUUCCAAUCAUACCUGAAUUAAUUCAAUCUUGGCAUUUAACUCAAGAUAAUCAACCAUUUGAUUGGCAAACGAUUAAGAAAUACCCACCUGCUGUUAAGAUUGCAAGACAAAAAGCUGAUGCUGGCUUUCCUGCUAGUCUGAUUGAUGUUUGGGCAUUGAUGGUUGGAAAACAUUUUGUGAAUGCUCCGAAUUAUGGUGAAAGUGUUCUUUUCAGUUCGAUUAGAAACGUUUCUGCUUUUCAAAAUUACGAUGCACCUUAUCCUAUCAUCGUAGCUACUAGCCGAGGGAACAAGGGAACAAGCUCAAUCACUCUCGAAACUCCGAUAUAUGAGUUUACUCCUGAAGAAUUCGGAGUUUGGCAUCCUUCUUUGAAUGCAUUUAUUCCAAUCGAUUACCUAGGAACAAGUAUGUUCAAUGGGAAUGUACCACCUCAUGCAGAUUGUGUCAAUGGUUUUGAUAAUGCUGCAUUUGUGAUGGGAGCUUCAUCAAACAUCUUGAGCGAACCUUUCGCACCCAACGAACAGAUGCCUCUCAUUAAAAGGCUCAUAGCUGGCCUCUAUUACUAUUUCACGGAUCAUAUGUAUGAUGAAGCACUCGUCCUGAAUCCUUUCAAUGGACUUGGAAUCGGAUUUGGACCCUCAAGUGGGUUUCCGGAUGGGAAAGAUUCACUUUUGUAUCUUGCAGAUGGUGGAUUAGGAGGUGAAAAUAUGCCAUUGUGGCCUAUGAUCCAACCUGCGAGAAACCUCGAUGUGAUCUUUGCCGUUGACGCGCAAGCUGAUGGACUUGGAAAAACAAUUGAUGCACAAGGAUAUGCCAAUGGAACCUCACUCUACAUGACAUAUUUAAAAACAACAUUACCCGAUUAUCAAGGCUACAGCUUUCCAAAAAUUCCAGACGCCAGUAGAGAGUUCACAGCUCGAGGUUUACAUCAAAGACCUUCUUUAUUCGGUUGUAAUGAAACUUCGGCACCACUCGUGAUCUAUUUUCCAAAUUAUUACAUUGUAGCAGAAACAGAUGUAUCAACUGUUCAUGCUUCAUAUACCCCAGCCGAAAUUGAAGGAUUUUUAGCUAAUGGAUUCGCCAUUGCAACACAAGGAAGAGGAAAGAAUACAGUCGAUAACUUUCUUUCAGGUGAUUUAGCAGAAGCAAUUGAUCGAGUUGGAGAACUACAAGAACCACGUUGGCCAACAUGUAUUGCAUGUGGUUUGAUCGAUAGACAAAACCAACGUGAUGGAAUUCCAAGGACACCUCAAUGUGAAGCUUGCUUUACAAAAUAUUGCGCUUGAAAAGACUCAUAUCAACAAGAAAGAAAAUCUUGUUUGGGAAAUCUAAUCGAAUGCUUUUUUCUUACUUAACAAUUUAAUGUCAUGCAAUUUUUUUUUCGAAUUGUUGGAGUAGAUCAAUGGGUUCUGCUUGUUUUGUUUUUUUCUUAACAAAUUUCUUCUUGAACUUUUAUACUUAUGAAGCAACCUAUAAACCCUUAUACAGUC